UGAACCGAGAGCACCGUAAAACAGGAAAAUAGAGGGGAGAGGGGAAUCAAUCGGAGGUUGGGAAUGGAGUUGCUGAGGCUUCCAAUCGUUCGUCCCUCCUCUCUGACAGUGUUCUUCUCCAUUUCAAACACAGCUCGACUAUCUGUAAGGCGGGUCGCUACUCGUUUCCUUUCAUGUCCGUUGAGAACCUUUGCAGCUGCAAGAUCGGAAAGAGCUCUACCCCAGAAGAAGAAAAAGAGGCUGGAUGAGGUCUGUCUUGAACAGUACCAGCAGUACAGCCGAACCUUCAUACAGUCAUGGAUCCUACAAGGCAAAGUAUUUGUGGAUGGAAGAGUGGUAAAUAAGGCUGGAACACCGGUAUCAGAUAAAGCAGUUGUGGAGAUAGUGGCUGAGGUUCCAAAAUAUGUAUGUAGAGCAGGAUACAAGUUAGAGGCUGCCAUUGAGCAGUUAGGUGUUGAUGUUGCGGGAAGAGUUGCUCUUGACUCAGGGCUUUCGACUGGAGGCUUUACUGAUUGUUUGCUUCAAUACGGUGUAUCGUUUGUCUAUGGAGUUGAUGUAGGCUAUGGACAGGUGGCUGAUAAAAUUCGCCAGGACGAGCGUGUCUCUGUCAUAGAGAGGACAAACUUGAGAUACCUUCCUGGGCUUCCGCAAAAAGUGGACCUUGUGACUCUGGACCUUUCAUUUAUUUCCAUACUUUUGGUGAUGCCUGCUGUACUCAAUGUCAUGAAGAAUGAGUCCACAUUGAUUACACUGGUCAAACCACAAUUUGAGGCUCGCAGAUCACAGGUGGGAGGUGGAGGAAUUGUGAGAGAUCCUGCAGUACAUCAGGAGUAUGAUUUUCCGGCUAUUAUGCUUCAUCCACAGCGUGGCCCCAAUUUGUCUGGUCCACAUUGGCAUGCUAGUAUGCCAUGUGUAUGGUGGAUGAGCCACCACAAUUUAGUUCUUGAGAGGAUCAUCAAGGGCGUAGAAGGUUUCGGUUUCUCCAACAAAGGGUGGAUAGAGUCUCCCCUAAAGGGCGCUGAGGGAAACACAGAAUUUCUGGUUUGCUUCCAUAGAAACUCCUGAGAAAACAGCAUGACUCACCUUUCGUCUUAUGACUUGUUAUCUUCAUCACUUGAUGAAAAGACGAUUUUAUGCACCUAGCUUCAGAGCCUUAUUUUGGGUAGAGAUCCCAAAUGCAUACACCAUUGUUAAGGAACCUAUCAAGUUUGGGGUGUGACCAAUUAUCAAAGAAGAUGGUUUUGUGAUGCUCUAUACACCAUUCAACUUUGGUUAUGGAUUCGUGGCUUUUGUUGAGGGGCUUUCAAAUACUUGGAUACCCCACAUUCUCCGAGUUUUGAAUCAGUCGAUAGGAAGCAACAGUGAUGGGUUCUGCUUCUGAUCAAUGAAUGUGGCUUGCUUGUUGAGGAAGAAUCGAGAGUGAGAAGAUGAUCAUAAAGCUAUGUUGGUGUUUGAGUGGUUGUUGCCCCAUGUAUUUUUAUUUUCUUUCUGGAUGUGUUUGGGCAAAUGUAGGUUUUGAAAUUUUUACAUGAACCUUUCUGAAUGAGAGUUUCUUCCAAUUGGAAAUAUUGCAAGGGUGUGUUUGGAUGCCACCCAUUUUUCAUUUUUCACUAAAUCCACAAAUGACAUGCAGAUUCCAGGACAA